AUCUUUAGAUAGACCGUCGAUCUCUUCACAUUCACAACCCAUCUAUCAUCCAUAUCGCCAUGACUCUCGACACAAUCUACCUUAGAGGCUCCGUCGCCGGAAUCCUCUCCGUCCUUCGACAUUCCUCCUGCCCAGAAAACAUCGUUUUCCACUUCCUCGCCUCCCACCGCCGUGCAGAGCUCCGCCGUGCCAUAGUCACCACCUUCCCUUACCUUACCUUCCACCUCUACCACUUCGAUACCAACCUCGUCAAAGGCAAGAUCUCGUCUUCGAUCCGUCGAGCAUUAGAUCAACCCCUCAACUACGCGAGAAUCUACCUAGCCGAUCUCCUCCAUUCAGGUGUCCGUCGAAUCAUCUACUUCGAUUCCGAUCUGAUCGUCGUCGAUGACGUGGCCAAGCUAUGGCAGAUCAAUUUGGGCACUCACGUUUUAGGUGCCCCUGAGUAUUGCCACGCUAAUUUCACCACUUACUUCACUGACAAGUUCUGGUCUGAUCCGCUUUUCUCGAGGGCUUUUCAAGAUCGUGAACCUUGUUACUUCAACACAGGUGUUAUGGUUAUCGACGUGUGGAGAUGGCGACAAGGAAGGUUCACUCAGAAACUAGAAUCAUGGAUGACUAUACAGAAGAAACACAGGAUAUACGAGUUAGGCUCAUUACCUCCAUUUUUGCUGGUUUUUGCUGGAGAUGUGAAAGGGGUUGAGCACAGGUGGAAUCAACACGGACUUGGUGGUGAUAACCUGGAAGGGCUUUGCAGGGAUCUUCAUCCUGGACCGGUGAGUUUGCUACAUUGGAGUGGGAAAGGGAAGCCAUGGCUGAGGUUGGAUUCAAGGCAUCCAUGUCCAUUGGAUAGCUUGUGGGCACCGUAUGAUCUGCAUCGUCACGCAUCUCUGUUGUCGGAUAGCUAGCUAAUUAAUCAAUCAUCAAUAGAAUAUAAAUUUUGAUUCUUUCUUCUCUCUUCUGUAAAUUAAAAAGAUGAAAUCAAGAAAUGGUACAAAGGGUAGCCAGAGAUUGAUUGAUUCUU